CUCAUCACCAAGGUCAAGUUUGGAAUUUUGCCGCUGUUUUGCCGAGUCUUUGCGAAGCUGACCGCCGCAAGUCGCACAUCUCGCAACAACACCAGAUUUGCCCCAACGCCAAUCUCGCAUUUUCGGUGAAGCCAUUGACUUUUGGGAACGGCCUUUGAACAAAUCGCAAGAUGAGCGCCGAGGAAACACCGGUUUUUGCAACCCUCCCUCCGAGCGAUCCGCCUCCCGAAUACGAGGCCCCUUCCAUGCCACCUCUUCCUCUCUUGCUUCUCGACCACAGCAAUGCGCUAUCGGCGGAGAAGAAACCUGAGUUUCUAUAUUGGCUUCGCAUGGCUCUGCUCUACCACGGAAGUUUUUACCUGAUAAACACCGGCAUCCCUGAAGACUUAUUCGAUGAAACCUCGAGAGCAGCGGCGGACCUGUUCAAGGUUGACCCGAGUGAAAAGCAGAGGUGCUCCGUUUCCAACAGCAGUGGUUUCACCGGCUGGGCGGGCAUCGCCGAAAAUGAGUACCGCGAAACAUGGGAGUUUGCGUCGGAGCUUCCAGGCAGUGACGAGGCAAAGCGUCCUGCUGCCGCACGUAUCCGAUCUUCAGGCAAUCAAUACCCUACUAGUGGCCCGGCAUCGAGUAGUUCGGCGGGCGCUCAAGGCCCAGACCUAUCGAACCUUCCUCAGACGAUAAAGGCCUUCCAGAAGUUCUUACGCGAUCUGGCAUUCACGUAUAAUGAGCUGGUCGCGGAAGCUCUGGGCCUCCCCAGCGGAUCUUUCGAUAGUCUUUUCGAUCAGAACGCUGCCGCACAGGGGCGCAUCAAGUUUUCUCGUUACUUCCAUGGAGAGGACCCUGCAGUACUUGGAGAAGGGCCAUACAGAGAUGCGUGGCUUUCCUUUACUCUUUUUGCGAAUGAUGUCCCCGGGAUUGAGAUCCGAUCGGAGAGGGGCCAAACAUUGCAGAUUCCCCCACUACCGUCUGCCUUGCUGGUGCAAACGGGCACUGCCUUGUCGUUCGCAACGCAUCAGGCGGUCUUAUCGCUGCCUCAUCGGGUCAUUCAGCCGGCAACCGCGGCAGAGGCGGCACUGACAGUCAGGUUCCGGAUGGAGAUCAGUCCGGAUGUGAAAUUCAAAGACCUUCUGGAUGGUGUGGUUGAUCUGAAUAACUGUCAAGAAACUCCUCAGUGGUCUCCGUGGCUUCUCGAAAGGGUCAAGCAAAGAUCUAGCGGGAAAACAACCAGGUCUCUCGGAGAAAGCCAUCGAAACCGUUGGUGAAGCUGAGCUGCUGCGUCGUCUCAGGGCGCACCCCGAAAUUAGACAGAAGUUCUACCCAGAGCUCGUGGAGUAGUUUUGGGAGUACCACAUGUAAAAUUUGGGACAAAAAUACAAGUGAUAUUCAGUUCC